UUGGAGCAGCACGUGACCACAGUGCCCUCCAUAAUCUCGCUCAAGUCUUUAUCGCGAGACCAAGCCCUUCCUUUUCCCUUUUCACUUCAAGUCCAAGAUGGGAGUUGACAUCAGGCACAACAAGGACCGUAAGGUUCACAGGAAGGAGCCUAGGAGCCAGGAUAUCUACCUGAGGCUCCUGGUUAAGUUGUACCGGUUCCUGGCCCGCCGUACUGAUGCUCCCUUCAACAAGGUCAUCCUGAGGAGACUGUUCAUGAGCAAGACCAACAGACCUCCCCUCUCCCUGGCUCGUCUGAUCCGUAAGAUGAAGCUGCCUGGCCGUGACAACCAGACCGCUGUCGUCGUGGGAACAGUCACUGAUGACGUCAGGAUUCACGAUAUCCCCAAGCUGAAGAUCUGUGCCCUGAAAGUGACUGCCGGAGCUCGUCGCAGGAUCCUGAAGGCUGGUGGCAAAAUCAUGACCUUCGAUCAGCUUGCCCUCACCGCCCCCAAGGGACAGGGCACCGUGCUGCUCUCAGGACCCCGUAAGGGCAGAGAGGUGUACCGCCACUUCGGCAAAGCCCCUGGAACUCCCCACAGCAACACAAAGCCGUACAUCCAGUCGAAGGGCAGGAAAUACGAGCGCGCUCGUGGUCGCAGGUCUGGCUGUGGAUUCAAGGCAUAAAUAUGUCAUACUUUUUUGUCUGCUACCAUGUAAAUCCCAAAAUAAAUAUUUGGGUAAAAAAGGA